GCCAGUUCGUUCGGAGGAACGCCUUUUAUCACACAGCCGAUGAGUUACGUAGAAAUUCUGUCUGUAAGUAUAAUUUCAGUUUCGUUCGAUUUCGUAACUUUUUUUCCAUCUACGGUCAGCACACAUAAACGACUGAUAUUGUAAGCUGUGGCGCUUCUAGGUCACGAAAUAAUAUUGCAAGGACCAAUCACGCUUUAUGAUUUCGAAUUUGCUGCUGCAGCGUAGAUACUUAUGCAAUUGUUCUAAACGGACAAGGCAAGACGGAAAGAGACUGGUGGGGCGACCUCUGCGACAAUUCACAACUUCCUCUUCAGUUUCUCUUCAUAAAAAGAAAAAACAAAACAAAGCAAAACUGAAGGAGAACAGGAUCAUGUUGUGUAUUCAUUUCUGGAGAAUAUGUAAGGAAGUUUUCACCAUAAUGCAUCGUAAAAGGUCGAAAACUGUCUGUCCGGUUUCUUUUUUUUUUUUUGGCAUGAUGAAAAUAGAAAUGUCAUUUCAAUGAUUGUCAAAUCUGCACGGAGCCUGUAUUUUUUAAGAGACAUAAGUAUUACGUAGCUUUAACUUUAUACGAUCAAGAAAAGCUUUUGGUUAUACUUCUUCUUGUAUACAAACAUGCACCUGUUAUUUUUGCGCUCAAAGUGAACGUUCCUCUCUUUCUCCAAAAAUGAUCCUUAAGUGAAAGCGAUUUGCAAUGGUCGGUCUUACAUAAGUACUGCUCAACGAACGGUAGCUUUCAUUAAAACAAACACAAAAACGAAACAGAAACAAAACAAAAGUAAAACAAAACAAAAUUAGCAAAAUGAAAACGUCUAAAUUUGAGUAAUUUUGCAAGUAUGUACCUUAAAUUUUGGUCAACGUCAGCCGAACAUUUUUUCAAGACUCACGUAUAAAAACGAUUGUAUACGAAACCGUUUGCGGAAACAUCCCUUUAAACUCCACUGAGAUACGCAAGCAGACAUAUCAACCGUUAAAACGCGGUUUUCCAUUGCUAUCUAUAACAACAGUCAUCUUUAGAAAGACGGCAAUUUUUGAGCGCGUUAAAGUAAUAGAAAAAGACGUUUUUCCGUCUUUUCACGAGCGUGAGACAAAGAAAGACUUCCCUGAUUCCCCAUGAGGAAUCGAACCUCAGACCUUCGGAUAGCGCGCUCAGAUGCUCUACCACUGAGCCAUAGAGACUCUGGUGAUGGGUCUUACUUUGCAUAUGACGAUAUUUAAGUCGCCUAUUUGAAUGUGUCACAAACAAUUGACGCGUUAAUUAAGAAAUCUAUAAAUAAAAGCUUGUCAGGCCAAGCAAGCAUCAAAAACUUUUGGUGCACGAAAGAUAAAAAAAAAACGGAGAAGAACAAAGGUUAAGUAUAGAGAAGAUUAACCCGUGUGACAAAUUAACGCAAAAUUAGCAUUAUAAAAAAACCGUUAGAUAACAAGAAAGUGUUGAAUUUUCGUUCUAGUCCCUCUCUAUAACCACCAUCGAGAUUGACCGUGCCUUACGUUAGAGUGAUCGGCAGAAAGCCAUACAACACCAUUCAAAUUCCCACACAAUACUUUAAAAAUUUAAGCAGACUAUGGAAAACCACUGAAAAAAAUUAAGAAGAUAUAGCUAUCAAAACCUACACCCGCCAACAAUCCUCACGUGACUUCCGACUAAAUAUUGGACCGCUUUGAAGGUGGAUUACAUGGGUUUCGUGAUAGUUCACAUCGAGUGGAUUUCUAAAUAGGAAUGCCAACGAACUUGUGGUUUGACGCUAUUAAAGUUGUUAUCUCUAACUGCUUUUACAAGGCAACAUGAAUAUCUCUCGAUGUUUCACCAGCGUGAAACUGAUUGUCAACUUUUUGAGUCGGAACUGUUCAAAAGAGCUGAUGGCCGACGGUCGUCUCCGCUGAAGGCACUGAAAUAUGUAAUUAUUCCGAUAUUUCGUAUAUCAAAGGAAUGUGCUCAGCCUGAAAAGAAAAGCCACAGUUUAGCGUAACAACGAUCUCUAUUAUUGUGGCUUGGGCGUUUUCGUCUCUAAUUCAUCUCAAUUAGGACUCGAAUAUUGCAAGCCAAGCUUGACGCUGUUAACCCUUUAGUGCGUGUUUUAAUUAGCAAACUUCAUCGUCAUCAAAACAUUGAGAAUCUCAAGCACGAUACGUGGUCUAAAAUAAACCAAUUAUUCUAUUAUCAUGAAAACCCAGAUUGAAUAUGAUAUGUUGGCCUAUUUUACAUCAGUGUUCGUGACCAAGCGGGUUUUAAUAUGCUAAACGCCGGGUUGGGUGGGAAAGGUCGAAUAUCACGCGCGUGACCCAUGAUUGAAGCUCUAAACAUAGUUUUCCAAAGUCUAAAGUUAGUUUGGGGCUGUGAUGGAAAGAGAGCAGUAUCUAGUGAGGAAAUACUUCCAAACUGCGCGAAGAAAAAUGGAAGAACCGGGUCUCAAACGAAGACGCCGCAUGGGCGGAAUGUGGUUACUUGAUUUAAACGUAAGUAACAGUGUUUGAAGCUGUAGCCUGAAGCGUUACUACGCUAAGCAAACGUGUCUGUUACCGCAACUCGAGUCCACAUGUAGGAGGCUUAGAGGAUUACACUCACGUAGGACCAAGUCGACGAAAAAGCUAGAAAAAUAGCGAAAUGUGCUAUAAAUGAUUAUGGUCACACGCUGUUAAAGAAAUGCUUUCAACGUUUAUCCGAACUGAUACCAUUCUGUGAGAAAAAGACUCAUAGAUUAUUUGACUAAUUAAUCCCGGUGGUGUAGCUUUUGAGGUCUUUUGUUUAAAAGCGACGGGUGAUCAUGACUGUUAUACAGGCGCUAGUUGAGGUAAGAAUCAAAUAACUUUGUUAAAACAGUCAAAAUAAUGGAAAUUAUCUGUCUUCGAUGACGUUACGAUGAAGCCAGAUUUGAACUACUGAAAAUAUCCAGAUGAAACGUCUGGAUUUGAGAAGCAAAUCGACCAAAUUUGACGUCAAUUAUUACCAAUAAGAAAUUUCGAAGUUCAUUUACGCUGUGAGAUUCUUUUAUUGUUCGCUCUUCUGCAAAACAAAACAAAAUUUUAGAUUCCGAGUACUAUAAAUAUCAGGGAAGUUAAGCUGUCUACAAACCGCACUAUCCCCAUCAAUUUACCCGUGAAAAGGUGACCAUAUGUGUUAAGUUCAGAACGCUUUGGAACUUUGAACGGACGUGUACAAUUGUAUCGGAUCAUGGUUAGGUCUAUCAAGCGGAAAAACUAAUAUUCACUCAAAAACAGACUAGGUUAAUUCAAUGGCAAAAAAAUAUAUACUUCUACUAAUGAAAUACAGAGGAAGAUAGUUGUAAUUUUAUCGCGAAAGGGAACUUUCAACAAUCCAUAACCUCGAUAAGUUUACAGACUAAGGAACUGUCGGCAAAAGCGACAAUAGCCAUAUACUUUAUGGUGUUUAUAUUACCUUUGGCGGUAUUCCCUAAGGCAGUGAGACAGAUAAUGUUUGUGGCUGAAUAGUUUUACAACAAAAUUUGCUCGGGCAUUAUUUUGUCGCCGACCACAUUUUCUAAGUGUUCCAUCCUGAGGCUUCUUUUCGUGUAAACUUGAAAACACCAUUGACAUGCAAUACUGCUAUCAAUUUGGCAUGCUAGUACAAUAUAAACGUUUUUAUUCGCCUCCUCUUUCGCCUUUACUUAUUCAAUUUCAAAAAGUUUGACUAUAUAGUUCUUAAGGAAUUCAAAAGUACGUGACACUGAAAAUCUAACAGUUACAAAAAGGCCUUCAUUUUUCUGUCAAAUUUAGUGUAAAUUUAGACGCAAUGAUACUUCCUGGAUUCAUAGCAUUACGCUUAAUCUGCCUUACAGACUGUUUGCAGGCCUUAGACUUCUACGAUUUUUGCUCUGGUCGCGAAGAGCAAUAAGGGCUGCAAUUUGCAAAAAGAGACACUAAUCUGUCUGACUUACAACACAAAUUAGUCAGACUCGCACGUGUAUCUCUGUUUAUUGUUUAGAACAUGAGAUGUAACACAUAUCUUAUCCUAAAAUUUCACUGAGUACUCUUCGAGUGGUAAAUACUACCAUAAUCAUACUAAACUGGGUUUGAAAAGGUUUGGGCUUAUUUCAAAAGGUUCAAGUCUUAGUCUUAAGGGACUACCGCGAACGCUCAAAAGAGGUUAUAAAUGAGUUCCAUAUUGCACUUCAGCAUCAUUUUAGAGUUUCAUCUGUGCAGCAUUUUUACAUGAGGAAAUCAAGGACUUACGCAGUCCUUCGAAUAAAUGGAAAGUUCUUUUGGUAGCAUAGCAGUAUAACUGACGCCAAAAUCACAGUACCUAUGGCCGAAUGCUUUUUCUGCCUUUGUUGACUCUCAAUGAUCUUUGUCUGAAUAUGUGUAGUGCUACCUCUGCAUUGACAACAUCAUAGUGUGUAUCUCUGAAAUCAGCGCUGUCGUGCUACUGCCAAGCCUAUCCAUCGCUUUCAACUAAAUCUUGAACUUUCCUUGUUUAGCGUAUGGAGGCCUCAUCUCUCGAGGACAUUCUUUCAACCCCAAGCCCCGAGACGAACUCUCCUGCCGAGGAUGACAAUGAGGGGACUAGUUCUUCGUCACAAGGCGCUUUCACGUUCCCGGGAAGUGCGGACGAAAACGACAAUGAGGUGCAGUAG